AAACUAACCAAGCAGACGUUUUUAGUUUUUAGGAAUAGUCUUUGGUGUCACACUUUUUAAAAAAUAACAACACUACGCUUCACAAAUCGUUGUCAAUCAAUUUGCACAAAAAUUAUGAAAAUAGUAAAUCAUAUACGCGAGGGCGUCAAUGUGGCUGCUCUUAUGAGUAUUGGAGAUGUGAUUGCACAGCUUUUAAUUGAAAAGAAAAAAAUUAAUGAUUGGGAUGUUGGACGGACUUUACGUUUUGGUGGUGUGGGUCUAGUUGUGGUCGGACCCGCUUUACGCAAAUGGUAUAGUACAUUAGAUCGGUUGGUAUCCAAAGAUCAGUCGGCGGUAAAGCGAGGCUUUAAGAAGAUGUUAUUGGAUCAAGUUGUAUUUGCGCCACCGUUUACAUUGUUUUUAAGUUAUUUGGUUCCAUUUGUGAAUGGUGAGAAGCAUAAUCAAAUUGUGCAGAAUAUUCGCGAGACCUAUUUCUCGGUAUUGAAGCACGGUCUCAUGUUAUGGCCCCUGGCGCAAACAAUAAAUUUCAUUGUUGUACCAGCUCAGUAUCAAAUAAUUUAUGUGCAGUUGGUUGCUCUGAUUUGGAAUGCCUAUUUAUCUGGCGUUCUUAAUAAGUGAUGAAAACCAAUUCCUUAACAAUUGUGAAUAUUAAAUUCAUACUGAAAACCGGUUAUCUGAUAUGAAAAUAAACCUAACUAUAUAGCGAGUGUAUCUAAAUUA